CAGGAUCACUGAGCUGCUGAGCGGAGAGGUUCCUAUAAGGUGUCAGGAUGUCGCUGUCUAUUUCUCCAUGGAGGAGUGGGAGUAUUUAGAAGAACACAAGGAUCUGUACAAGGACGUCAUGAUGGAGAAUCACCAGUCCCUCACAUCACCGGGUGAAGACGGGAUGAGCGACUCCCAUCAACAUCUCCAUUUAUCUCCUUAUCAUGAAGCAGAAGAUAACAAUAACACACAAGCUAAUUCAAUUACUCCUAAUGUACCCUCAGUCCUUUAUAGCGGAGAUCUAUCCACUGAUACCACUGCUCACACUAAACCUUCAUCUAAUCAAUCACUGAUUGGCAAACAAAUAACUGGACAUAAAUGGGAGGAAAUAUUUUCAUAUGGGAAACAGUUUAAAAAGAAAUCUAAUCUUUCUUUGCAUGAGAGAAAUCACAGAGAUAAAGGGUCAUUUUCAUGCUCAGAAUGUGGAAAAUCAUUUACAAGGAAAUUCAAUCUACUUGGACAUCAAAUAAUUCACACAGGAGAGAAGCCGUAUUCAUGUUCGGAAUGUGGGAAAUGUUUUAGUCGGAAAGCAGAUUUCGAUAGACAUCAUAGAACUCACACUGGAGAGAAACCUUUUCUAUGUUCAGAAUGUGGGAAAAGUUUUAUUCAAAAAUCUGAUUUUGAUAGACAUCAGAGAACUCACACAGGGGAAAAGCCAUAUUCAUGCUCAGAAUGUGGGAAAUGUUUUAGUCAGAACUCGCAUCUUGUGGAACAUCUACGAGUCCACACAAGAGAGAAGCCAUUUUCAUGUUCUGAAUGUGGAACACGUUUUAGCCAUAAAUCAGCUAUGAUGCAUCAUCAGCGAACUCACAAAAGAGAGAAGACAUUUCUAUGCUCAGAAUGUGGAGCAUGUUUUGCAGAUAACAUAGCUCUUCACGAUCAUCAGAUUUCACAGUAUGGAAAAUGUUUUAGUCAAAAAUCAGAUCUUGAUAGGCAUCAGAGAACUCACACAGGGGAUAAACCAUUUUCCUGUUCUGAAUGUGAGAAGUGUUUUAGUCGGAAAUCAUCUCUUGUGGAACAUCUAAGAAUUCACACAGGAGAGAAGCCAUUUUCAUGCUCAGAAUGUGGGAAAUGUUUUAGUCAAAAACUGUAUUUUGAUAUACACCAGAGAACUCACACAGGGGAGAAACCGUUUUCAUGCUCAGAAUGUGGCAAAUGUUUUAGUCUAAAAUUAUAUCUUGUUCGACAUCAGAGAACUCACACAGGGGAGAAGCCAUUUUCAUGUUCUGAAUGUGAGAAGUGUUUUAGUCGGAAAUCAUCUCUUGUGGAACAUCUAAGAGUUCACACAGGAGUGAAGCCGUUUAUAUGUUCAGAGUGUGGGAAGUGUUUUAGUCAAAAAUUAUAUCUUCAUAGACAUCAGAAAACUCACACAAAGGAGAAGCCAUUUUCAUGCUCAGAAUGUGGAAAAUGUUUCAUUCAAAAGUCCGAUCUUGAUAGACAUCAGAGAACUCACACAGGAGAUAACCCAUUUUUAUGUCCUGAAUGUGGGAAAAGUUUUAGCCAGAAAUCAAAUCUUGUGGAACAUCUAAGAAUUCACACGGGAGAGAAGCCGUUUUCAUGCUCAGAUUGUGGAACAUGUUUUACCCAUAAAUCAGCUCUGCUUCAUCAUCGGAGAACUCACACAGGAGAGAAGCCAUUUCUAUGUUCAGAAUGUGGGAAAUGUUUUAGUAAAAAAUCCGGUCUUGAUAGACAUCAGAAAACUCACAAAGGUGAGAAACCAUUGUAAUGUUCGGAUUGUAAGAAAUGUGGCAGGUGUGGAGCUUCAGGUCCCUUUCCCACGCAUGAUCUGGAUUGUAUCCGGAUCUGUUCAGGAAAAAACUGAUGGUUUUGACCGCACAUUCAGUCAGUUUUGUCUAUGAUUGUGUUGAGUGUUUCAGUUUUAUUUCACGCGGAUCAGUUUUUAAUGCGUUUUUUACGCACAUAAAAAAAAACCCUGAAGAAUAAUGAUCUAUAUCUCCUAGCAAUCAUCAGUGAAAAAUGCAU